AUGGAUGACACGGGUGUGAACAGCACUGAAGUCUAUUGUGGUUUGGACCCACACGAGUACCUAGAGGUCAAAUUCUUUCUCAUCAGCGUUACUGGUAGCCUCAUUGGACUUUUUGGACUAUUCGGAAAUGCAUCUACUGCGCUUAUCCUUACGCGGCCGACGAUGCGAAAUCCGAACAAUCUCUUCUUGACAGCCUUAGCUGUUUUCGAUUCAUGUCUGCUGAUAACAGCAUUCUUUAUUUAUGCAAUGGAAUAUAUUAUUGAAUAUACUCAAGCUUUUGAUCUGUAUGUUGCGUGGCUCACAUAUUUACGGUUUGCUUUUGCUCUGUCACACAUCUCACAAACGGGAAGCGUUUACAUUACUGUAGCAGUCACAAUAGAGCGAUAUUUGGCCGUGUGUCAUCCUAAAAGGAGCAAACGAAUGUGUAGCUCAGGGGGAGCUGCGUGGACGAUUCUUGGCGUAACGACAUUUGCUGUACUUUUUAAUGCCACAAAAUUUUUUGAGCUGGAGGUUACUGUAAAUCCAGAAUGUCCAGAUGGGAAAGAUUGGCAAAGUUAUAUAUUACUUCCAUCGGCCAUGGCUGCAAAUUCACUCUAUCAGCAGGUUUAUUCGCUAUGGCUAACAAACCUAAUUAUGGUCUUUCUGCCAUUUCUUGCAUUGCUUGUGCUGAAUGCCGUCAUAGCUUACACCAUUCACAAAAGUCUGGAGAAAUUCGACUGCCAAAAACAAAAAUUACCGGACCGGAGCGAACUGAAGGAAAAGAGCAGAGAAGCUACCCUGGUGCUGGUAAUAAUCGUGUGCAUCUUUCUAAUUUGUAAUUUCUGGGGAUUUGUGCUCACCCUGUUGGAAAGAAUUGUCGAUCGUGAAACACUGGAAGUGACACAUAGGACAUUCUACACGUUUUCGCGGGAGGCUAUCAAUUUUCUUGCUAUAAUUAAUUCAUCAAUUAACUUCGUCAUCUACAUUGUUUUUGGGAAGGAGUUUAGGAAGGAGCUGGUGAUCGUUUACGGUUGCGGAAUGCGUGGUAUAACUUUGCGAUUACCAGUACACGACAAAUUCAAUAUUUGGAGAACAUGGCAAAAACGAGCCAAGGAAAUGCGCCAUUCCGUGAGUAUGACCGGUCGAAGCAUUCUUAGCACUCAUGGGGCUACGUCAGCAACUAUCUUGGAUCACUCCACAACGGAUCAUCAAGAACAGACUAAAUUUAUCCACUCAUACAACGAUAAGAAUGGUAACAUUGUUGGACGGCAGGAAAACUCAUUACCGAAAGUCGCACAAAAUGGCACAGAUAAAAGCAGCUGGUUGGAACCCAGAAAUGGCAAUGCUGGCAAAAGGACAACGCUAGCUUUAUUUCCAUCGAAGGAUGGUGAAGUAAAUGGCCAAAUUCUACUUUCUGAUGAGGGAACCUUAUGUUGA